CGUAUGUUGUCCGCAGAAGGAUGGACGAUGUAGAGUCUGUUUGUCGGCUUGCAGUGUGUCAAGCGACAGGAUGCGGUGGUCCUUCGUCACUCGUAUUCGUCGGUGAGCCAAAACGCAGUUCGAGCACAGAAACUCGGCGCACUCCAGACAUCGGGACGUCGCCGCUGCUUCGUCCUCGCAGUUUGUGCAAUGAAGAGUAUACUCUUUGCUUGAUUUGACGGACAAAUGAUCCAGCGCGUUUGUCAGAAGGAAGUUGUUCGGGAGAAUGUGGACUCCCUCGGACGGAAUUGGAGUCAGCUUUCGGCAGAGGGGACAAACGAUCGAGUUCGUUCCUGCCCCGAUUACGUCGUAGCUCUCCAGACAUUUCCGGCAGAACGAGUGAAGACAUUGCAAGAUUUUUGGAUCGCUGAAGAUGUUCUUACAGAUAGGGCACUCUAAGGACUGAGACCUCAAGACCGAACCCUCGUUUGCUCAAUAUGUCGCCUGGUUGUGCCUGUUCCCGCCAAAGGUAUCGAGGCAUUUCCGCUGAAUUUCUUCAUCAACAACAUGUUGACAGUGUUAGCUGUGCAGAACCCAACAAAAUGCACCAACUGCGAGGAUAGUUCCCAGGCCACAGCUCGGUGUCUUGACUGCGUGGAAAACCUCUGUACAAGUUGCGUGGUUGCCCACAAAAGAAUUCGCCAGACAAAAGAUCACAGGAUUUUGUCUUUUGAAGAAAUCCAGGCAAAUGAAGUGAAGGAAAUUAUUCGCUGUCCUUCAUUUUGCUCUGUGCAUCCACGAGAGGUACUCAAGUACUUCUGUGAAACGUGUGACGAAGCCAUAUGUCGAGACUGUGCUAUCUAUGAACACAGAGAGCACAUCUACGUGGAUCUUAAAGAAGCUGUAAAGAAAUACAGGUCAUCUAUCACGGCUCUUCAAGACAAGACCAAACGCAAGAUUCCAGUCCUCCGCGCGGCUGUCGAGGAGGUACAUGACGUCACGAGAGAUUUGAGAGAGAGGGUUGAAGUAGUACGUGACACCAUUCAUAACACCAUUCAGAAUCACAUCCGGGAAUUAGAAGAACAGGAACGACAACUCAUCGACCAGCUUGAAAGCAUAUCCAGCUCCAAAGAGAAGGUUUUAACUUCUCAGCAGGAAAUUCUGGAACUAGACUUAGAAAACCUGCUUAGUAGCUGCGAGUUCACAGAGAAUGUGCUCAGGUAUGGAAACGAGGCUGAGAUAAUGUUGGUGAAGCCACAGAUGGUCAGCAGACUCCAGAGCCUCAACGAUCACGAGUCGCAGUGUGAACCGGAAGAAAACGAGGUAGUUGAGUUCUCGUCCAGUGACCAGCAGCUCUCCAAAGUCAUUGCUCAGCUCGGUCAAGUCUCCACCAGUUUCGUGUUCCCUAUGCUGUCAUGCGCAGAGGGCCCCGGGCUCAGCCGAGCUAAGGUUGGACACAAGUCAACGUUUACAAUCAUUGCAAAGGAUAGAAAUGGCGAACCAUGUACCUCUGGAGGAGACCAGGUGUCAGUCAAACUUCACUGUCCAAAUGGUCCGCCGAUCACAGCCGACGUAGACGACAAUGAUGAUGGCACUUAUACGGCUUCCUUCACGCCAGUCUCAAAGGGAGAUCAUCAAAUCACGGUUCACAUCCGGGGUAAACCUAUUCAAGGAAGUUCCUUUGACUUACAGGUCACGUCAGGAAUAGACUUUGAAAAUAUUGGUCCAAUGUUGUUGAAGUUUGCACCCAACAGUAAUAAGACUAAUGAUGAGUACUACGAGCCGUGGGGAGUGACUGCUGACCCUGAGGGGUUGUUUGUGGUGUCAGAUCAUCACAAUCACCGUCUUCAGAUUUUUGACACAAAUGGUCGCCUACUGUACCAGUUCGGCACACGGGGUAAAGCAGAUGGGGAGAUCUGGUACCCAGCGGGAGUAUGCUUGGAUAAAAGUGGUAACAUCUUUGUAGCAGAUCAUGGAAAUCACAGAAUACAGGUUUUCACACGCGAAGGAGAGUUCCUUCGAAAAUUUGCUUCAAAAGGCAACGGUCUUGGACAGCUGAAAGGUCCUUGUGGCCUCGCCGUGGACUCAGAGGGUCGGGUCAUCGUAGCCGAACGCGAUAACCACCGAGUGCACAUCUUCGACUCCGAUGGCCGAGCGAUUAUGCACUUCGGCGUGUAUGGAGAUGGCGAUGGAAAAUUCAACUGCCCACGACAUGUUGCGGUUGACCAGGACGACAGCAUUUUAGUGUCGGACGCUGGGAACUCCCGAGUGCAAAUAUUUGACAAGAAAGGACAGUUUUUAGCAAAGAUCGGGGAAAAGGGCAGCAACAAAGGUCAGUUCAGUUGCCCCGCUGGAGUGGCGGUUGAUUCAGAGGGACACAUCGUGGUGGCGGACUUGAAGAACUUCAACGUGCAGAUAUUUGAUUCGGCUGGUGUUUUUGUAAAGAAAAUAGGUGUUGCAGAGGAAUCGAAGAAUGCCAGUGUUUUUAGCAAACCGACUGGAGUCACUAUCUCAGGAAAUGGAAAUGUUGUUGUAGCUGACAGAGGGCAUCAUUGUUUACAAGUGUUUUAAUCUGAGGACAGAUACAUAAUAAUAUACACUGGUUGAUCGAGCCUGCGAUUGGAGGGGACGCAGUAAAAAGUUUUGAUUAUCACAAGCAAAGGGAAGCUUUCUGGGAACAGAUCCGGGGGAGGGUACAGGGUGUAGACUUCUCCUCCCCCCAUCAAUGUUUCUUAAAUUAUUUAGGGUCUUGUGUUAACAAGAUGUGUUUUCCAAAUCCAGUUUGAAACCUCCCCCCCCCCCCCCGCACACUCUAACAGUGUAUCUCAGUGUAGAGUAAGGUUUCAUAAAAUAAGAACAUUCUGUCAACCGAUGACCAAGUAAACUCUUAUCUUGAUGUCAAUAUAUUAUCCAUGAAGCAGAUAAUGAGAACUGAUAAACUCAUCGGCUGGAGAGUCCUUCAAGACAUAACUCAAAAUCCUUAUAGCAAUUGUAUUAAGAAGUGUGAGAGACUUUGAAGAGAGAUUUUCGUAUCAGAUCUUAGAAUGGAAAACAUUGUUUUACAGCAUUUCAUUCCAGUACGUUAUUUUCUUAGUGUCUGGCUAUAAUUCAGCUGCUUCCAGUUUGGAGCCGCUCUUGCGUUUGUGCAAAGAGUGAAAAUAGAGAUUUUGUCGUAGUUUAAUGUAACCUUUCAAAGAAACACCGUUUUAUUGCCUAAGUUCUUUAGCGUAUGCCUAGAAAUUUGCGAAGUAGGAAAACGUGGUCAAGUACACGAAAUAGAGGCUUACUGAUAAACCUCUCGAAAGAGAAAAAUAAAAACGUCAACGUUUUCUUUCGUGGUUUAA